AUCAAUCAACUUUGUGUAAAUCCAGGGUUGGCUGGGUCUUCAGAAAUAAUGUUAAUUCUUUGUCCUCCACAUGGGAAAGUAGAGGAAAGAAACUCUCACCCAACCCAGUACUGAACAAAGAAGACAGAAACUCAAGGAACAUAUGUUAAAAAGAAAAACGUUUUUUGCAUACAAGGAGGAAAAUCACAUAUCCAGUAGUAGAGACCAGAAAGUGAUGACCUCUGAGGGCCAGGUCCAUGAAGAGACAAAAGUUCUGAAAUUUAAAACAAAAAUGGCUGGUAAAGAAAAUGUCAGUAGACCUCCCGGGAGCAAAAAUAAUAUAACAAUGGAAAAAAAUUGUAUUCCUUUAAGGCCUUCUAAUGAACUAACCAAUUCAACUACAGCAAUUGAUACACCUAAUUCUGAGGAUAAUAAUCAAACUGGGCAGUUGGUACCAAUUAAAGGUGACCCUCCAGGUCAACACAUGACAUUAAGCCAAGUGUUUCAUCUUAAAAACAACAAUAAAAAGAAACAAAUAAUGACAGAAAAACCAAAGCAAGAUGCUAACAUGUCCAAGAAGCUUGUGCUUGGAUCUUACCGUGGCCAAAUUGUUCAGUCUAAGAUUAAUUCAUUUAGAAAGCCUGUACAAAUCAGAGAUGAGAGUUCUGCAGCAAUAAAGAAACUUUCGACUACGGUCCCUAAAGCUACAGAGCCUCUGCGCACAAACAGCAGCAGUGUGACAGCGAAAAGCAAUAGAGCCUCUAACGUGACGACUACCACUAAACUUGUGAGCACUACAAUUCAGAACAGACAGCUUCUGCGACCUCCUAUUAGAGGUCACCGCGACAAUGCUCAGGACGCUGUGAGACCAGGCAUCAGUAGAAGCUCGGCCAAUGUUACGAUUCGGAAAGGACCUCGAGAGAAAGAGUUAGUGCAAUUAAACACAGUUUCAUCUAGUGCCAAAACCGGUUCUCAGGAUAUAGAAAGAAAGAAGACACUAACAAGAAGCGUGAAGUCUGAAAUUGUAAACAGGCCUGUUUCGUCUUCUAACACCAAACUGAUAGAAAAGUCGAAAAACGUUGACCCUCGCAGGCAUACAAUAGCAAAAGCAACUAUUGAUAGAUCAGCUCAGCCCAAAGAAACAGCAGAAGAGAGAAAAGCUCGUCUGAGUGAGUGGAAAGCUGGCAAAAGGAAAGUCCUGAAAAGGCCUCCUAGCUCAGGAGUUACCCAGCCUGAGCCUGAAGGGCAACACGAAAACCCAGUUGGGUCCUUUUGGACUACCAUGGUAGAAGAAGAUGAACAAAGAUUAUUUACCGAAAAAGUGAACAAGACAUUUUCUGAAUGCCUAAACCUGAUUAGUGAGGGAUGCCCAAAAGAAGAAAUACUGGUCAUACUGAAUGACCUGAUUAAAAAUAUCCCGGAUGCCAAAAAGCUUGUUAAAUAUUGGAUAUGCCUUGCACGUAUUGAACCACUCACAAGUCCUAUUGAAAACAUUAUCACAAUCUAUGAGAAAGCCAUUUUGGCGGGCGCUCAGCCUAUUGAAGAGAUGCGACAUACCAUUGCAGAUAUUCUGACAAUGAAGAGUCAAGAAAAAGUUAAAUAUGGAGAAAAUAUUGAGGAGGCUUGUGCAACCAAGGAAUACAUCCAUGAAGUCAGCACUGAAGAUAGAGGGGUUAAUCUAGAGUCAGGAAAACCAGAAAUGGAAAAGAAAACUAGAAAUGUGGUAUUUCAAGAUGAUGAAAAAGAGCAAAAUGACAAAACAAACGAUUCAACCAAUGAUGUUAAAACCCCCAGUACAGAAACCAGGGGGAGUUGCUUAAUUAAAUAUAAUGUGUCUACUACACCAUACCUACAAAGUGUAAAAAAGAAGGUACAGUUUGACAAUACAGAUUCUACAUUUAAAGAGCUAAAGUUUCUAACACCAGUGAGACGUUCUCGACGUAUUCAAGAGAAGAAUUCUAAGUUGCCAGAUAUGUUAAAAGACCAUUAUCCUUGUGUGUCUUCAUUGGAACAAUUAACAGAGUUGGGAGGUGAAACCGAUGCUUUCGUAUGCCGUCCCAAUUCAGCACUAUGCCCGAUGUUCUCAGAGCCUGGAACAGCAGAAGAGAAAUAAAGUGAUGAUGAGAAAUGGGGUUUUUAUUGUUCCUGGGGUAUUUUGUUUGCUUGUCGUGGCUUUGUUUGUCUCUUAGGAGUGGGCCAAGUACCUAAGUAUUCAUGGCAGUAAGCUCUCUUACUGAUGUUCAAUACCUUAUAGCAGGUAUUGCCUUCUGGGCAGCAGAGAGCUAAUCCUACCUUUUCGAUCUUAGCAGAGGGAGUUUCUAAGAUGGUAAAUUUGUCAAGUAGUUUACUAUAUUCCUUGGCUAUAAACAGGUUUCAUCAUAAUGUUGACUUGUUCACUUUUAAUCGUCUUAAGUUAGAGAUAAAUUUUUAGUCAUUAAAUAUAAGUAUAGUAAUGCUGCAUCAUCAGAAAAGGUGUUCUAGAUAAAAUUGAUAUAUUUGCAUAGGCUUGUUCUUGAAAUGUAUCAUAUACAUGCCAGCCUUUAAACAGAAUGCUGACUUUUCAUUGCCUUUCCUUGAUUCUAUAGAUCAGUCGAAAAGUCAGUAAUUGUAAUGUGUAGAGUGACUCCCUUCAAAUGUGAAGACAUGGAAGGUUUAGCUUGCUUUUCCCCCCAGUUGUUCCCAGACUGCUGUGGUCUGUUGUGCUUUGGCUCUUCACUAUCGCUUUCCAUCAGCGCUAGUGAGUCUGUGGUCUCUGUUGGCUUCUUUCUUUUUUAUUGUAGCUGAGGUCACCAGGAAGGGUAAUUAACUGAAUACCCCAUGUCUAAGAGCAGAAACUGUACUAAGAAAGAAAAGGUGUUGAACUCAGUGGGUAUUUGAAACUUUCAAUCUGAGUCUCUUUCUUUAGUUCCUUUUGUAACUUGACUAUCUAAAAUGCUACAAUUUUAAAUUUUAUCAUUUCACUUGAUAUAGUUGGAAUUAGAGCAGGAAUAUACAAUGUUAUUCUAAUGUAGGUAGAAUUUCUAAAAUAACUAAUAGUUUCUUAUAAAAACUUUCCUGUUAAGUCAUGUCCCUUGAAACGUGAUAGUUAUAUGCGAUAAACAGUUUCUUCUCCUCACACAUAAAUAUCACCAAUAAAAUUGUUUUGUAAGUCUCUGAACUAAUUCUUAAAUACAUCGCCUACCAAUUCUACAGCUUCAAAGAUAUGUUAGUUUUAAAACUGUGUGUAAUAUAUGCUUAAGAAUCAAAUAGUCUUAUGUUCACUCAUUCCGUUUGUAUAAUAGCACCUAUCUUUGUUCUAUAAUAGUUUUGUGUCCUAGAGAGGAUUUUUAGUCUUUUAUAAACUGUGUACCUAAUAUUUAUAAAUAAAUAUAUCUGUAUUU